AUGCAAAAAAACCAAAUGUCUGAGCUUCCUAACGGGUUUUUCGAUGGAAUGAAGGACAUCAUGAAAGUGUAAGUUUUUCUCCGUGGUCAGUGAAACGUACAAUAUCAUAUUAUAUUAUGUUUUAUUAGCGUUGGACUUGUCAUUCAAAAAUCCUGAGUUCAGGCCCUCCAUCCCGCAUUAUUUGAGAUUUUUUAAAAGGGUGGAGGGGGGCCGGGGGAAUUGUAAGAUUUCAUAUUCAACAUCCACACGCUCCGCAAAUAUUUAGCUGGUUUAGGUCGGUUGAACCUACUGACAACUUGUAGUUAUACAGAGAUUCUUGUUGAAGUUACAAUCUUUUGCAAGUAUAGGGUUUCCUUUUUCCUUUUUGAGGCCCCAUAUAAUCACAGCCUACCUCACCUAGCUUCAAAAUCAGCAGCAAGUUUGGUGCCUCAAAGACCGUUAUAUUCACUAUUCGUAGAUUAAGCCAAUAGUGACCUACAAAAUAAGCUAUACCCCACAUUUUGAUUAUACAUCCCUGUGUGAAUGACAACAUAUCUUUUGCAUUUUUACUGUACUUGCCUUCUACAUUGUGGAUUACAGGAUAGUGGACACCAGUCUUAUGUGUUGUCAUCUGACGAAAGAAGACGCCCAAUGUACCUCUUUAUACGACGACAGCUUCGCCAGUUGCGAGAGCAUGUUUCGCGACUCAGCCCCACGUAAAAGUAUCUGGGCAAUCGGAAUCCUUUCUCUGCUUGGUGCUGUGUUCGUAAUUGUAUGGCGUCUGAUCUUUAAAGAGAGAAACAUAGUCCAGCUUAUCAUGUUAAUGCACUUAGCGGUUGGGGAUUGCUUGAUGGGCGUUUACUUGGUCACCUUAGGUGCCAAAGACCUGUUAUGGUCGGGAAGUUACUAUCUGCAUGACUUCCAGUGGCGAUCCGGUUUGUCGUGUCAGGUCACAGGUGCGAUCUCAGUGCUGUCCAGUGAGGUCUCUGUAAUGAUACUUGCCCUCAUCUCUGCUGACAGGCUGAAGAACAUCGUUUUCCCAUACCAUGGUAGAGGGCUGACUCCCAGGAAGGCACACAUUCUGUGCGCGAUUAUUUGGGUCCUUGGUUUUGUCAUCGCAUUCCUUCCCCUCAGUGGCAUUAGCUACUUUUAUGACGCCCUAGAGCGCCCUGCCUACUACGGACGAUCCGUUGUGUGCCUCCCACUGCAACUUUCCAACAGGUUUCCAGCUGGUUGGGAGUUCUCCAUUGCCAUCUUCGUUGGGUUAAACUUCCUCCUCUUCCUGUUCAUGACGGUAGCUUAUGUCGCAAUCUUUCUUAAAAGUUACCUCUCCAGCCGUCAGCUCGCAAAGAAGGGAACCAGACGAGAGGUGCAGGCAAGAAAGAAGAAUGCAAGUGCUAGAAGGGAGAGAGCAUUGGCCAAAAGAGUCUUCUUUAUCAUUCUCACAGAUUGCGCCUGUUGGAUGCCGAUAAUAGUCAUGGGCAUCAGGUCUUUGGCUGAAAAAGAUUACAGUCCCCGAGGCGAUCUUCCUGCCUGGAUCGCCGUGUUUGUGCUGCCAAUUAACUCAGCCUUGAAUCCGAUCAUCUACACCUUAUCAACCCCUCAGGUAAGACAGGGACGUACAUUAGUACAAUGCAUUCGAUCGCGACGGAUUUCUCCAUCGUGUUUAUGCGUUAAUUACGUAUCCUCGCAGAAUGCUUAAAAGUAGAUAAUGAAAGAUAUACGUCGUAGGCUUCCUAGGAAAAACCUUAUCGUGGAAUUAUCAUCAAAUGAGUGGAUUCGUUCAUAAAAAAAAAAAGAAGUAGGUGGCUUAUCAAAUGUUUCAAUUGCAAAUGAACACGGCUGUCACAUUUAAUUUCAAAAUGAUUCCUCUCACCCAAAAAUUUCCCGCUCCUUGAAAACUAUCAUUAAAACAAAUUUGCACAUGAAAUUUCUGAAAGCUACUUGAGCAAUUUCUCAUAGUUCUUUUUGAGGCAUUUGGAAAAUAUCAGAACUGGAUAAAUGGCUAUGCAACUUAACUGGCUGAUUCUAGCAUCGGCUCAAUGGCUAUGCAACUUAACUGGCUGAUUCUAGCAUCGGCUUUCUUUGUGUUUAAGUCGUAUGAUCAGCUUUAACAUUGUUUAUGAAAGUUACGUUUGUAAACUCUCUAUCAUAUUCUCUCUUAAUUUUUACAGAUUUAAUGAAAUAUUCGUUUUGCACUACCCAAACAGGUGCAGGGCAUAUUGCGACCAAAACUGCGAAUUUUGAUGAACCAUGUGCGCAGCUUUUUCUCUUGCUGUAAAAAGCAGCAAGAUCAUCAAGGUAAGGUUUACCGUUUUCUUUAGUUACUCUAUAGGUGGGAAGGUAUCUUAUUUUUGUGAUAGGAAAUAAAAACUCAUAUUAGUUUGCCUGAAAAUAAUAUAGCUCAGUGCAAUUAAUGGAAUUAGAAACUUAAUCAUAUCAUCACAUCAAUGGAAAAGCUCACUAAAUAUAAUAAGAACUUAUCUAGGGUCACUUUAGAGUAUUCACAAGAUCUUAGAUCAUAUGAGCAUACAUAUAUAUAUAUUUACAUGUAUACAUGUAUGAAUAUGAAUAUUUAUUAUACGCGUAUGUUGAUUGGUGUAGAUCAGGAACAAGGAGACAAUGGAAUGCUAGAAAUGGUGGAAAUGGUGCAACUUGGACAAGCAGAUCCGGAGCAAGGUAACUUCUGUUAAAUUGAUCUUUGGCAUUUAUCCCGACAAACCAGAAAAAAUUAAUAUAUGAAUACAAGAUAAAUUAGUUAGGAAGCUGAUCUAUGUCAAAAUAAUGGAUGAAGGGCCAAAAUGAAAACUUUUUAUUCUAUAAUUUUCUUUAUAGCUUUAUUGAUUUAUUCAAUAUACCUUUGGUGGUCGUGUGGCAAGAAUUGAUGUCACAUUAACAAAACUUGUUUUGGACAGGUUGUAUCGCUAUUUUAAAUAAGAGACCUCACUUUAAACAUACUUGACAUUAACAGCAUACUUUAUUAGUAUUGGUACUAAACAACUCAACUCACUGGGUACGAAUCGACCGGGUAUGAAACGACCGUGGGCCGGUACGAAACCACUGGUAACCAAUUCAAAUUAGCCGUUAACACCUUUAUCUGUUUUGUCCUUUACGAUAUUGGAAGAACUUGAAGAAGAAUUCCCAUUAAUGAUUUGCAAAAGCAAUAAAGAAAGAAAAACAAAUGAUUCAUUUUCUGUUAGGUGUAGGCCAAGUUAACGAGGAAGAACAUGUGCUGCCGGCUGAAGCAGGUAUUACAACAAACAAGACCCAACAUUGUCUUUAGAAUCGCAAUUAAUGUUUGGAAUUAAAAAGAUGGAUAUGCAUUAUUUGAUCUUUUAACGUGGACUUCUAAAAAAGGUUUUUUCGUCUGUUGAUCAGUUUACUUUUUUUUGUCGUACAAAACCUAAUUCACAAUUUGUUUUGGCUUUUUUUAAUUAACGAAACUCGACGAAUAUUGUAGGAGAGUGGGGAACGGGGGGGAAGGAUGACCUUCGAUGAAUAAGAAUGGUCGUUGCAUGCAAAGAAAACCCGGAUAAACUUCGCUGCCUCGUGGGCCGAGCUUAAAUGUGUUGGAACAGUUAUGAAAUAAACACACAAGUAUAACUGUUAUCAUGAAGUAGAUGUCACUUAUUUGCUGUGUUCGAUAUCUACAGCUACAUUUGUUGAUUGGCGGAGAAGGUGCUUAUUUAAAGCAAUCUUAUUUUUGUUUGACUGCUUAAUGUGAUACAUUUCACACUCGAUCGUCAAUAUAAGUUUUUUCAGUUAGCGUUGGAUAAGGGAUUAUGUACUGUGAACAUUUAAGAAUAUUCCUGUUGGAUAAUUUGAUACCAUUUUGUUGUUCAAGCAGAAAAAGACGAAGAUGAGGGCAACGGAGGAAAUUUGCAAAUGGUUGUUGUGGAAGGUGAGUCGUUCUCUGAGAGUCUGUAUCAAAGGACAAAGUAUUGAAUGCUCUUUCAGAAAAUAGUAACUAUUAGUGGGAAAACCUAUAGAGAGUUAAAGGAAACGAACCUGAGAGGACCCCGAAAGCAUUGCGCUUAGACUUCUAUCAAGAAAAAGAUCUGAGGGGUCAUCAUUUCUCCAUAGAAAGAGGUGCUUGGAUGCUCACUUUGUUCAUCUCUGUCAUAGAAAUGAAAUCUUAAUGUCAUCAAUAUUCUCAUUCGGAGCUAAUACAUUGAUUGCUAACGAAAACACUAAUCUUAAUCUGUUUUUUUUUCCACUUCAGUUCAUCCAUACAAAGGACCACGAGAUAAUGCAGUCCAAACUACGACUUAUGGAAAAGGUAAAGUUUUCAUUGUACCAAAUCAGUUUUAAAGCGGUUCAUAAGUCAUCGCUACUUCUUAGCUUUUGUCUUUUUAAUUUACGCCAAAGCCACCUUUGUAGUUUUUUAGUGCAGCUACUUAUAUUUUUACUUUUAUUUUCCUCAGCUAUUUUUUUUGUCGCUUUUUCUAUUCCUUAAAUUCACUUCGCUUUGUUUUGUUUUCCCUGAAAGCUUUUUAUGAACGUUAUGUUCAUGCGUCCAAAUGAUAUCGAAUUGUUUUGUUAUCAAUUUUCAAGCAUCAGUUCCAAAGAUAACAUGAAUUAACUCUGUUUUUCACGAGCCUUUCGUUGUCAAAAUAGUUUAUUAAUUUGCAAAUCCACUAAUUGAAAUUAAAAGACCGACCUACAACUGAUAAACUCCGCCUGACUGGCCACUUGACUGACAGACAGUCGGACCGACUGACUGACUGUCUGAUUAACUAAUAAAAUUCAUGACUGUCUGAAAAACAAAGACGGACAGACUGACUGACUUACUGUCAGACGGACUGACUGUCAGGCGGACUGACUGUCAGACUGACUGACAGACUGAGUGACGUACUGACUGACGGACUGACUGACUAACAGACCGUUAGACUGACUAACUGACUGAUUGUUUGAAUGACUGACUGAGGAGCCGUCAGGCUGACUGUCUAACCGACCGACUGACUGACUGACUGGCUGACUGACAGACUGACCAAUCCCUCUGACGAAGGGCUAACGCUCGAAACGUCAGCCUUAAAACUCUUUACGGUGGCCUACUUACGUUUUCAACUCAGUUGAUAAUACCAAAUUAACCAAUUGUCUAACUGAUUGACUUAUCAAUCAACUUACCGAUUAACAAAUAUCAAGGUUUUGUUUCCUUCUGUUUCAAAUCAGAACAAAAGCAGGAUUCUGAACAGGACAAGGAAGGACAACAGGCAGCUUCCAUAGAACAACCAUCAACUUCCUUUGAGGGUGCAAAAGAAAAAGAGGCCGUUGAAUUUGAAACCAAAAGUAGUGACAGAGAUAAUCGAACUACCUCGGACCGACCAUCAACUCCUUUGAAGGAAACCAGCGAAGAAGCUAAUGAACACGAAGACAACAAGGGAGAAGAAGAAGAAAAAGAAGAAGAAGAAGAAGAAGAAGAAGAAGAAGAAAAAGAAGAAGAAGAAGAAAAGAAGAAGAAGAAGAAGAAGAAGAAGAAGAAGAAGAAGAAGAAGAAGAAGAAGAAGAAGAAGAAGAAGAAGAAGAGGAAAAGGAAGAAGAAGAAGAAAAAGAAGAAGAGGAAAAGGAAGAAGAAAAAGAAGAAGAAGAAGAAGAAGAAGAAGAGGAACGUAAGAUCGCUCCAGAUGAACCAUCUGCUCUCUCUAAAGAAACAUUUGAGGAAGCUAAAGAAUACCGAGACACAA